AUGUCAUCGCCACCGUCCCUGCUUCCUCUGCUCCUGUACGGGCUCCUCCUGUGCGGCUCAUCCGCUCCUCACCCGGUCUUCAGCAGUCUGAGAGAAGCCGUGCUGAGCGCCGGCUGGCUGGCCCACACCGGCAGCAGCUCCUGGGACAAGAGGGAGGACACGGCCGGGGAUGGAGACUACCUGCUGGGGAUAAAGAGACUCAGAAGGCUCUAUUGUAACGUGGGUAUUGGCUUUCACAUCCAGGUGUUACCGGAUGGGAAGAUCACAGGCGUUCAUAAUGAAAACAGAUACAGUCUUCUAGAAAUUUCUCCGGUAGAGAGAGGAGUGGUGACUCUGUUUGGGGUGAGGAGUGGCCUCUUUGUCGCCAUGAGCAACAAGGGGAAACUCUACGGCACGGGCCAUUACAGUGAGGAGUGCAAGUUCAAGGAGAGUCUCCUGGCCAACAAUUAUAACGCCUAUGAGUCAGCUGCCCACCCCGGCAUGUAUAUUGGCCUGAGCAAGACUGGCAAAACAAAGAGAGGCAACCGAGUCACGCCUGCCAUGGCCGUCACACACUUCCUGCCGAGGAUUUGA